UCGGUGUCCCAGCGAGAUAAACCCUGCGCAUCCCAUCAUUGGUAUCCAAAGUUCAGCUGUCACAAGUCAUUUGAUCCGGUCAAGAGACAUUGCUGAUCCGCCAACCCUCUGCUCCCAGUGGCCGGUAGAUCUGCAUGGUGACCCUUCCCUCCCCUUACCGCAAUUAUGGACUUGACGCCGGUUUCUAAGAAGCAGUCUCUCUCUGGAUCGGAGCCGCAGCAGCUUGCCAGCACCUCCGAGGCGACAUGGAGAAAUCCAGUCGAUGCGUUCUUGGACGGUCUGGAGCGACCCCCGCAAUCUUUGACUCCAAAGUUCGAGACAGUCCUGACAGCUGUGCAAGACGCACUCAAAGACCGGCCGUCAUGGAUGCGUGAGCUUUGCGAGCUUGAGCUUGGCGAGUGGGACAAAACCAGUGGCUCGCCCGACCAAGACAUUGCGAAGCUGCUCAAAGAAUACCUGGAUCGCCGACCAUGCGUCAUCGACAAUGAGAAGCUUCAGCGACUGCGUACAGUCGCAGAUCGCAUCAAAGCAAGCACUCACGCUGACAGAAUUGCGGAGCCUCAAGUUCAGUUUCCCCCCGCUCUGGGUAUACCAAGUCAUCAUGAGAUUCUUGAGGCCUUCAUCGAGCGACAUCAGCGAUACUGCCAUCCUGUUGCUGGUAUGGACGGCUGUGUGAGCUUGGACCUCACUGAGAUCAGGAACAAGACCCAAAACCUUGCCGCCGUCGACGAACUCCUCGGGGUGGCUGGUUUCUUUCCGGAUUUUGGCCCAAAGGCAGAGCCCACCGUCGAGGAAGUGCGAAGAAACUUGCGCGAACAUAUCCAAGUCACUCAUGAUACCCGUUUGGGAGACGGCCUCGACGUGUCCCUCGCGCCCUUUGACGGCCGAGAUCUAAGGCAAGACGACAGUUACGUGGCAAAUCAAGCCCCCCGAGUCAUAUUUCUUUACACUCGGCUGGCCUGGGCCAUCAAAGAGUUGCGCGAGGGUGGUAUUCUGGGCGACCACUUGACGUACUUGAGACGUCGACGGGUAACAGCACAAAGGACACUGUCGUCUUCCAGUGAACGGGAGGCCGAGCACGGCGAGCAUGGCUUCCCAGAAACCCGACUUGUUGAACCCGCCACCGUGAGCAUCGAAGCUGUUGACAUGCUUUUGGACGAAGUUACGAGAUUCGCUCAAAACGCAUCGUCGAUACAACCUCCAGCUUCUCCCAGCCUAUUUGGGAGGAUGACCGCUGCGAUAGUUACAUCUGUCGCCCCCUUCUUCGCCAACGGUCUUCUCUUGGCCGGACUGGCCGGUCUUGCGGCUUUAACAUCUGUAUGGAACCGUUCACCGCUCAAAGCGAGACUUGAGGCCAUCAUCGGAGCUGGGCAGGUGACGAACCACAUAAUCGAGGGAUUGGCAGUGCCUGGGUUGCCAAGACUGACCAGUACUGGAAAGGAGGUGGCACCGUUGGAGACUCUUCACAGGCUUGGAGUGACAGGUCAAUUCCUGAGCCUCGUACUGCAAUCCCACAUUCGAGGGUUUGACGCGCCCUUCGAGUUCGACGACAUCAUUGACCGACCCAUCUCACACUUUCGGCUACAAGGCCUUGACCACCAGUCACCACCUGUCCUCGCAUUUAAGCAACACGUGUCUUGCUUCCCAGACAACCCCGUACUUGUCAUCGACAUAGACGAUACCACCGACUCUUCUCCAGCAGACUUACAAGCCACUCCAGCUGCGCUGAUGGCCUUGUGGUCACCCACGAAACUGCUGAUCCGCAAGCCUGCUGCGGACGUUUCUGGCUGCUCUUUGCUAGCCAUGGCAAUCAAGGAUGGGUUAAUUGGCCCUGACGUGUUGUCCAGCACUAUGACAGAGACAUCACAACUUUGGCGCUGGACACCAAUCAGGGAAACCGACUCUAAAACUCUAUGCCGAUUGACGGAAGGCACCGUGAAUAUCCACCGUGAAGUGCGCUGCGCGCCAUACCGCGGCGAUGAGAGGGCUGAUGGCAUGCCUAUCGGGAGUGUCACCAGUUCGGAGACGACGCUUGCAGGCUCGUCCCGUUCAGCCUUAAGCCCAUUCAAGGAUGCUAGCGGCACACUGGAGACGGGUAGUGCUGUGUCCGAGACCGAAGGUGGCCCCCCGGAUGGAGGUCCUCCAAAUCCAGUCCCUACCCACGAGCAAACAUCGCAGCUUUCGUCGACGUGCCCCUGGGACCGCGAGGAUGAAGAUAAAGCGAGACGUACACGCAUGAAGACGCUUGAGCGCGUGGGAUAUCGGCCACCGGGGUUGAAGAUGAACUCAUUCCAAGUGGCCUUGCUAACCAGCAGUCUACCCGGCGUCGGUGCACAAGUUCAGGUCACGGCGCAGAAGGACGAAUGGAACUCGUCCAUCGACAUCAAGACAGCCCCCGGUUCACCACUCAUCAACGAUAUGGACAAGAAGUUGGGACUGUUUCUCAGUCUACAUGCGGGGGUCGCGAAGAGGGUCCCGACUCGGGACGUGGUUGCGCACCACUUGUCUUUGGGUCUUAACCCCGUUGCAGCAAGGCUCCCCGCCAGCGACAAGGUAAGACUACUUUCCAUGUUGCAGUCCAGAGAGCAGACCGUUUUGAGAUGGUGCGAGACAAUGGAGACCAAGAAAGAAGGGGAAAAGCUUGUCGAUUCCCUGGAUGCUCUCAUCGAAGGCGCAAAGCCGAGACUGGCGUUUUCUGGGGUAAAACCCAACAGGAAAGGCAUCAUUGUGCCCUGGGGUGAUGCUCAGCUCAAGAUCCCGCGGCGGGGAAACGAAUGGAUUGCGGCACUGGGCGACACUGGAAGCACGGUGGCUUUUGCGGAGAUUGUCCCGACGUGCCAGGAGACGCCCGAAUGCAACUGCCGCAUGGCACAAGAACAACGAAAGCAGCAACAGCAGCAACAGCAGCAGCAGCAAACCCAGGGUUCAAAAGCCAGCUCCUCCUCCACAAAAUGGGAAUUCUCCAACCCGCUGCGCCUUCAAACAACCAUUGUCGCUUUCAAGACCCCACGUGGCGGCCGGCUCCGGACUCGAGAGAAUAUUCAGCUACAGUUCGGGAAGUCGUACUUUGUCAACUCUCCGAAGCUUGGGGUGAUCGCCAAAUUAAUCGGACGUGCUCCGCAAACCGGAGGCGAGGGGCUGCUCUAUUUCUCGGCGAGGCAGUCUAGUCUGCGGUGGCUGAGCAGAUACUUCUCUUACGGAAUGAUCCAAGAGUGUCUGGACAGUGACCCAGAUAUGAUGGACUGUGUGUUGUGCUCUGGCGAGGUCUUUGAAAGCCAAGUGCGGGAAUAUCUGAAACGAGCAGGCUUGCCUGCACAAGGAAAUGAGGCAUGACUCUCAACACUCACGUUGCUUCUUGUCAGAAAUGGCGUCAGGGGGUCAGGUUAUUGUGUGCCAGCACUAGGUUAGCCCGUGCUUGAUAGCUGUUUAAGUUUGACUACCUACCUACUGUCAACGAAUGUCUUGACUGGUAGCUCACAUCGUCCUCGCGUGAGCCCAGAGUUUACAGCUGGUGCCAUAACUAACUCCUUACAAUUGUUGC